AUGGAUACUCCAGGCAUACCGCGUAGGCACCGCAAGAGGUUUUCUGCAAUUCGUCUCUCCUCUGACACGACGACGACGCUGCCAGAAUACACUGCCCGGGCUCAACAGCAACUGGAGGCAAUUUUACCAUCAGACCGACCUCCCGACUACCCGGACAGUGCGGAGGAAGGAGACGCUGAUACGAGCUCGGAGGCUUCAGUCAGCGGGAGUCAUACAGCCAGCAAUACUUUAGUCUACGUGCCACAGCAUUACUCCUCUCAGUCAGCACAUUCCUCGCCUCGCAGACCACAUUACCGUCGCCCGGGCUCAAGCCACAAACGAAAGUACCCCAGUCCUAAAGCACCGCGUACAAGGAGUCGAGGGGGUAGCGUCAGCCAUACAUCGCCGACGCCAAGGAACGAAGAAGAGGAUCCUUACCUAGACGCAUUACUGGAGCGGAGCGUACACGCGCUAGAGAUGUCGAACGUCCUGCUGCAGUCUAGCAUCAGCACGCAGACCAGCCUGUCCACGAUCUUGGCCUCGCCAGAUACACGCCACGGCGACCGUGAACUCGAGGCCCGCGCGCUGGGCUUAUCGUCGCGCAUACGGGGGAAUAAGGUGGUGCAUAGAGGUUGGGCUGAGGACUUGGAUGAGAUCGGACGAGACGUGGAGGGCUUGUUCGAGGGCGGGAGUGGCUCGGAAAGCGAUGAGUUGCAGGGGAGAAGUGUUGUGAGGCGAGCGCAUCGAGAGAGGCAUAAUCGUGGGUCGCUGGAUAGCAUCAGUUCGAGUCUGCCAACCACAUCAGAGAUUAUGGGAAAUAGGCAUUAUCGACGGAGACCUUCGCUGGACAUUCGGGCACCGUCAACGUCGUCGACUUUUCGCUCGGACGAUGCGCCACAGUUGCGUCUCAGCCACAAUGGCAGGAAUCAGCUUGUCGCGUCGAUCCCAAGGCCUUUGACCCAGUACAUCGAGUCCACGGAAGAUCCCUCGGUAUUCCACAUUCCAUCGACGCUAGGCCUGCGUAAUGGUUCGUCAGUGAGGUCGGCUCCGGCCUCAGAAACGUCUCAUUUUACAGGCUCUUACUGCGACUCGCCGUCUCCCUACCGAUCAUCUUCCUACUGCCAAACACCUUCCAUGACCGUCACUUCUCCUUCUCCGUCAGAGCCUAAUUCCAUAUACCCCGGGACAUCGUCAUCGCACAACACCAAAUCCGCAAGCACGUCUUAUCUCCCCAUUGUCACUGAUACCACGCCGGCCCCAUCAACGCCGGCCUAUAAUAUGCUUUCAUCGUUUGUUUAUAGACCUCGCGCCGGACAAUCUAGCUCUUCAACGCCCUCGUCAUUCAUUGGUAGUUCUUUUCUUUCUGCAGCGUUAUCUCGACGAUCGUCUUCGAAUAACCCGAAGUCGGCCCGCCGAUCAAGCUCACCUUCCAAAUCUAACAAACCCAACAAACCACUGGAUCUUACACGCAGUGAGAUUGCAGAGGCCACUAACAACUCGACAAUGUCUCGUUCGAGGUCUACUACGCCUAAACCCCUGCAUCUUCCCAACCCAGCCUCGGUUCAGAGAAGUAUGACGCCCCCGACCGAGGAAUCAUCUUCAGACGACGGAGCGGCACUGAAGACAAUCGACUCUCUUCGGAAGAUCUUGGACGUUCAUCCCUCCACGUCACCUCCAGCUGGACGCUCACAUUCCAGCCCUAGCCGUAGCUCUACCAGCCGCCGUCUCAAACGCCCUCAGUUUAUCAUAUCGCCGCCUCCAAAGGUCGAAGCUGGUGCAUCUACGGCAACAGCAUCUAUAUCCCGCCUAUACACGAAGGCCAAGCACACAUCGUCCACCCGCCCUCCCUCGCCACCCCGAUACUCUUCUCUAAAAGGGGGGAGCUCAGGCCGGAAUACUCCUCUAACACCAGGCUCGCCUGGUGGCAGCUCGGGGCGAACCACGCCUAAGAGGAUUAGUUUCGCUGAGUUGCCAGAGGGAUUUCCUGGCAUCGGUGGAUCGAAGAUUGGCAGCAAGGGUAAAGGCAGAGAGAUGCGUCGCAAAGAGGCAGACGGAAGUACCAGAGGGCCUGCUUGGUGGGCGACGUGGUUGCUCGGUGGAUCGUUGAGCGACGACGGGGGAAGUCCUACGAGAGCCUCAUCAAGUAAAGCUUCAUUGGGCGAAGGUGGACCUUCCGGCAUGGGUGUUGGAACACUCACUAAGAGUUGGGGGCCCAGAAUGGGCAUAGGAGGGGGGUUCGAAGAGUGGGGCGUCUGA